AUGGCGCAGUCAAUGUGUCGGUUUGAAAAUACAGAGGGAGGAAAUAAGAACGCCGGUAGAUAUAGAGGUUUACACUAUAUUAAAUAUUAUAAAUGUUUCUAUUUUAUAUGUUGUUAUUUUCUUCAAGUAUUUUUACGUUUGUUCCCUUUAGCUGCCGAGGCAUUAUUUACAACCUCGAAGAGGAGCUGCAGGUCUGAGACUACUGUAAGAAAGGUCGAUUUAACAGGAGAAUUUGGAGACGAGUUUGAUUUUACAACGGGAGAUGAGAGUAGUCAGGAUGUUGAAAUUGUACCUGUUAAUGCUGAUGGUAGCAAAAAGAAAGUUAAUGUGGACAAACAGUGUGAUGUAGGAAAUAAACAUAUGAAUAAAGAUGACGAAAGAGAUAACGAAAAUGUGGACAACAAUGAAUAUGAUUGUUCAGAAGAACAUAAGGAGAAAAGAAUUGAAAAAAGAAAUGAUGAACCUAGGAGAGGUGUUAGGAAAUCACCAAGAACAAAAAAGCAUAGCCAGGAUUUAACUGUUGAUGAUGAUUCGGAAGGUAGGAAUAUUGAUGAUAGCAAAAAGAGUAGUGUGCUUGAAAAUGAUUGUGAGGAGCUUAAUAAGGAAGACAUUUUUUACGCUAAAGCUCUUGAUUUACACAUGGACAAAGUGACAGGUGAUGACCUAAACUCUGAAACUUGUAAUGGAAAUUUGGAAAGUUCAAAUGAUAAGGACAGGCUUGUUACUGAAAGGAACGAUGAUGUUGAUGGUAAUGAGGUUGAUGGUGGUGCUGAAUUGUCAAGUAAUAAAACAGAUAAGGACAAUGGUAAAAAGUCAACAGCCACUAAAAGUAAUCACGAAGAUGAAAGUGAAGCCAAAUCUGAUGCAAAAGACAGUCAGGAUGAAUCAGAGUACUUAGACGCUGAAAGUUUUUCCCCACCAGACAUAUUUAAAAUAGCCAAUGAAGACAACAUUCCGAAUGAGGGUAAAACUGUAAAAGAUGAUGGAAAUAAGAAAAUGAAAUCAGUUGUUAACAUGAAUGAUGAUAGAUUGACAGUUUCACAAGAUUCUUGUGAUAGUGUAUAUUAUGAUGUUGAAGAUGAAUUUGAAGUGAAAACUGUGUUGAGAAGUGGUAGACAAAUAAGAAAAGAGACUAAUCUUGGAAUACCUCAACUUGAAAAGAGUCAUAUGAAUUCAGAUGUUAAUAGAUUUGAUUCUAACACUAAAAGUAGUGAACAGGACAGUAAAGAUAAGAACAAUAAACAGAUUGUUGAUGAAGAUUUACAAACAUGUUCAAGUGGAAAGUUUGUUGAUACUGUUGUAAAAUGUAAUACAAAUAAUAAUACUCAUGUCAGGAAUGAAAGUUCUCAAAUUAGUGAAAAUGCCGAGACACAGCCUCCCGAGGCUGAAAUAUGUAGUAAUGAAGUGACCUCUUCUGGUCAACUAAUAGAAAUUGUUGACGAUAGUGAAAAUAGAAAUACACUUGAGGAAAGUGAUGCAGAAUCUGAUAGUUUUGAUGAAAUGUUAAAAGGUUUCAUAGAGAAUAAGAAGGCAACUGUAAUAAAUGUUGAAAUAGCAGAUAGAAGCAAGAAGGGUAAUGACGAUAAUGAUGUUAUGGUCACUAAAAAAACUCCGGGAAAGUUAAAUAAUAAACAAAGUGGAAAGAGAAAGCGUGAAAAUGACAAAGAUGAGACAGAUUGUUCAAGAGAGGAAAAGAAAAGAAAACUUGUGGAAGAAUGUCGAGCUAACAUAAAAGUUAGAAAGUUUUUUUUUGGUUAAAAACCAACACUCCUU